AUGCAGAAAUACUAUGCCGUACAGGCGGGCUUUGUCCCCGGCGUGUACCUGACAUAUUCGGAAUGCCAAGCUCAGACGGCCGGCUUCAAGGGUGCCAUUUUCAAAUCCUUCGUCUCUAGAGACGACGCCGAAGCGUUUGCCGCUGGGAAAAAAGUUGCCGUGGCUGAUGAGCCUGCGAAAUUCUACGCAGUCGCAGUUGGCAACCCGACGGGCAUCUUUACAGACUGGUCCGAAGCCUCAAAGUCCAUCACCGGCAUCAAGGGCCCCAAGUACAAGCGCUUUGGAACCCGCGCAGAAGCCGUCGCAUACAUCCGACAAUAUGGCGAUAGGGAGGCGAUAGAGGCUUUGGGAGAGAAGGUGGAGCCAGUGGAGAAGGUGGAGGUUGAAGAAAAGCCUGUCACCAUCAAGAAGUUCACUCCCAUUCAAGAGGUAGCCAUCAAGGGGCCCGUGGAAGACAUUCUCAACAUUUGGACAGAUGGAAGCAGUCUGGCCAACGGCAGAGCCGGCUCCCGCGCUGGUUUGGGUGUUUAUUUUGGAGAAAACGACCCUCGCAACCUGUCAGAAAGACUGAUUGGCGAACCACAAACCAACCAACGAGCAGAACUCAUGGCGAUGCAGCGCGCCUUGGAGAUUGCGUCGUUGGAGCAGCAUGUCCGCAUUCACAGCGACAGCCAGUAUUCUAUUAAAUGUGUGACGGAGUGGGCCGUUGGGUGGAAGCAGAAGAACUGGCUGACAGCCAGCGGCGAAAAAGUCAAGAAUCAAGACAUCAUCCGGGCCGUCCUCGACAAGAUCGAUGAGCGAAAGCGGGCAGGUGGCAACACCUACUUCCAAUGGGUAAAGGGCCAUGCCACAAAUGUAGGCAAUAUUGCUGCAGAUCGGUUGGCCGUUAGAGGUGCCAACCUUCCUUGA